CUUUUUUGUCCAGUUGACCACCCUCUCUCCCACACCAGCACCCCACCUCUUGGCCAGCGGCUCCCCGGCCGCUCACCUUGGCCAUCAGUCUCAACACUGGCCCGCCCUCCUUGGAGUGCUAACGACUUGAAGGUGUGAGACGCAAACCUUUGGUCAAGCUCAACCGCCACCUUUCCCACCGCCACCGACAUCGUCACCAUCUUCCACAUUACGGCGUCGUCGCUCGAGCCCUCAGCCUGCCAGUCAAGCCAACAUGGAGGUACACACACACGGUUGGCCUCGACACCUGGCUGAGGACGCCGUCAAGAAGAGGCUCCAGCCUUUCAUGGAUGUUCUCGGCAUCGCAGAGCACACCUUUACUUGCGACAAACCCCGAAACCAGCAAUGGGCCAACCUUACCUUCCUCGACGUUUCCAAGGCCGAGGCAUUCCUGCAUAGGCAUGGCACAGAAUUCCUUCCGCCUCGAGGCCACGCCGGCACUGCUUCCAUGGUCAAUGGUUAUGGGAACCACAGACGCCAGAAAGGGGUGCAGCUCAGAGCCAGGCUGCAGCUCAUGGGCUGCGAUAUCCUCUGCUCCAAGAGCAAGCCAAAGUCCAUCCCCAACGCCGUCCCCGGUAAGCCCAACGAUAUCACCUUGCGGGCGUUGAAGCAUGCAGCAGCAGAGAAGAACAACCCAACCCGCCACAUCGAGAUCGCCAAAGGCCCAUUGGUUUUCGACUUCGCCUCCAUUAGCUGCGGCCACACCACAUUCGUCGGCGAAGACCUCGUAUACAUCCCCGAGGUCGAGUUCCAGGAUAUGGGUACCGCAAAGUUCACCAGGCAGACCUUACUCAUCAAGCUUGAGAGCCAACGCGUCAUCAGGAUCCCCCUGAAUACUGUUCAAGAUCUCGUCUGCAGUUUCCAGCAUACCCUCACCAUCACCCUCGCCGAGGAACCCUCCUUCUUCCAGGGCAUGGACCAGAUGCAAGACCUCUUCAGGGAGUUGGCCAUCUCGGUCGGUGGCCGGCCUCCCAACUUUGGGCCCACACGUACGCGCUUGUGCGCACUCGACGGCCAACACGCCAAAGUCGUCGGCCAGUGUCUUGUGUAUCAGAUUCGGCUGUCGGGUGACGGCCUCCAGCGAAAGAUCCGGUCGCUCAAGAGCCACGAAGUGAUCCCAUUUGUCUCCUACGACUUGCUCACCCUGAGGACGGCCCCGCUGCAUCUGGGACCGUCAUCCAGAGCCAUGAGCAAGCUGAUGAAAGACUUGGCCGUCGACGCCUAUCCAGACCAGCUCCCCUUCGGCAUUUUGUUCCAGCUACAAGCCAUGGCCACCAAUGCAUACUUCCACCCAGGCACGGUCCUAGCACUGGCAAAGGAACUGCGCCGUAUGUUCCUCGCAGACAAGGCGGCGGGCAGGCGUCCCAUCUCGGUUGAGGCCAUGAAGAAGCUCAUGAAGGAGACUCCGUGGCCCAAGCCUCACGGUGACCCAUCAAUGUUCGAGGUUCAGGCCAUCGUGGAGUACCUUCGGGAAACAGAAGACAAAAUGGGCAACAACGAGGUUUUUCGGCAGGGCCUGAUGGGCCCUACCCGGAACCUGGCUCUGAUCCACAGAGUCACCAUCACCCCGACCCGCAGCACCCUACAUGGCCCGGAACUCGAGACGAACAAUCGAAUUCUCCGCAAGUAUCCGGACCACCACGAAUACUUCUUGCGGGUCCAGUUCUGUGAUGAGAACGGCGAGGAUCUCUUCUUCAACCCACAAGUCAGCAUUGACAAUGUGUAUGACAGAUUCAAGGAGGUGUUCCGCAAGGGCUUCGUGAUUGCUGGUAGGAAGUACGAGUUUCUCGGAUUCUCGCACUCGUCUUUGCGAUCUCACUCGGCAUGGUUCAUGGCCCAAUUUGUCGCCAAUGGCAUACCACAUGCCUACUUCAACGUCAUCGGCGACUUGGGACAAUUCGGCGCGAUUCGCUCACCUGCUCGAUGUGCCGCUCGAAUCGGGCAGGCGUUCUCUGAAACACCAUACUUCAUUCCGUUAGAUGAAUGCGGUGUUACAGUGCGAUUGAUGGACGACGUGCAGCGGAAUGGUCGUGUCUUCAGCGACGGCGUUGGUACCAUGUCCUUACAAGUGGUCUACCAUAUCUGGGAUGUCAUUCCUCAGACAAAGUCUGCUCCAACCGCCUUCCAGGUCCGAUUCAGAGGGUCCAAAGGCAUGCUUGCCCUAGACUCCAACUUGGACGGGUCCGAGAUUCGCAUCAGACCAUCCAUGACAAAGUUUGAGAGUAACGACAAGCGCAACCUUGAGAUAUGUGACAUGGCCUCCAAGCCGAUUCCAUUGGUGCUCAACCGCCAGAUUAUCAAGAUCUUGGAAGACAUGGGAUGCGCCAGCGCUUGGUUCUUCCGCAUGCAGAACAUGGAACUGGCCAGACUUCGAGAAGUAACAGCGGAUGCAUACAACGUGGCCAAGUUUCUCAGACACCAGAAUGUGGGUGACACGAUGCGGCUCCAUCGUUUGAUCACACUGUGUGAAAAUAUGGGGGUUGACUACCGCAAGGAAAGCUUCCUUCGCUCGGUGGUCGAGGCUCUGGUACUCCGCGAGCUGCGCCUGCUGAAACACAAGGCGAGAAUCCCGAUUAGAAAAGGAAUCACCUUGUUCGGCAUCAUGGAUGAGACGGGCUUCCUCCAGGAGAAUGAGGUCUACAUCACUUAUGAUACAAAGGGCGACCGCUUCGACGAACCGCCUGGCCCUGGGCCCGUGGUCGUCACAAGGUCUCCUGCUCUACACCCAGGUGAUAUCCAGGUUCCGUGCAACGUUGUCCCGCCACAUGACAGUCCGCUCCGAGAAUUGUCGAAUGUCAUCGUGUUCAGUCAGCACGGCCAGCGUGACCUCCCAUCUCAGCUUUCAGGUGGAGAUCUUGACGGUGACAUCUUCAAUGUCAUAUGGGACGAGGAGGCCAUGCCUCAGGAAACCUUCCAGCCCGCAGACUACGCUCGUGUGGCACCGGUGGACCUUGGUCGUAAGGUUGAGCGGGAAGACAUGGCAAACUUCUUCAUUGAUUUCAUGAAGCUCGACCACCUAGGCGUCAUCGCAACCCGCCACAUGAUCCUGGCCGACCAGCAUACCGAAGGGACACGCCACGAAGAAUGCAAAAUCCUCGCUGGGUUUCAUUCUACCGCCGUGGACUUUUCCAAGACUGGUGUUGGGGUGAACCUGAAGGAAGCGCCUCGUCCAAACAGAUUUCGACCUGACUUUCUUGCUUCAGGUCCAGAUUGUCGCGUGGUAGAUAAGUCCGAAAUCGAGCUCGACCAAUACAUCAUCGAAGAAGCGGCGGACGAAGAGGAGGAUCAGUUCAGCCGCCCGCGCCAUGUCUUCUACAAAUCCGAGAAGCUACUUGGUCACCUCUUUCGUGCCAUCGACGAGCAGAGAAUCUGGCAGCAGGAUAUCAAGUCCAAGGUGCCUGCCACUGGAGGCUCAUCCUUCUGGGAUGACUUCCUCAGCAAGACCCGGCCGCACUACGAGGCCAUCGUCGACGACCCACGCGGCUGGGUCUCCCGCCUCGAAACGGCGCGUGAGAUUCGCGGGUGGUACGAAGAAGCAAUUUCCACGGCGAUGGGCCAGUACUCGUCCCAUCCGACCAAGCCCCUGAGGGAGCUAGAGGUGUUCAUCGGCAACGUGCUGAACAAGUCGGGCGUGCAGACGCAACGGCAGCGCGACAGCAGCAUCAAGCUCAAGGACGAGAUGAGCCGCAUCGCGACGUGGAUCACACGGCAGAUGCGCAAGGUCAACCACGACGCGGAGGGCAACGUCGCGCCCCCGACGGGCUACCAGACCGAGCUCGACAACCUGCACCUGUGCCUGGCCUGCGUGCAUGCCGGCUGCGAGGAGACGGCCGGCCCCAGGGAGAGCAGGUUCGAGGGCAUGCAGAGCUUCAGGAUCGUGGCGGCGUGCGCCCUGCUCUCGGAGAUCAGCCUGUUUGACAAUGGCCAGCAACGUGCCGGCGGCGGGGGUGGCUUUGUCGGCGUUAGUGGCGGCCGGCGGAAUGCUGCUGCUGCGAUGAAUGGGCGGGGGAGAUAUGCUAUGGUUCCGCCGCCGGCGGAGGGCGGUCUGCCUAAUUGAGAACGUGGUGGGAGAGACAUGUCUGGGUGGAAGAAUGAAGGGGUGAGCCUGCGGGUGUGUGCUCGUUGGUACCUAGGUACUUAAUUGCUCUUGAUAGGAGGAGCGAGCUGUUUAGUGCUGGAAAUUCAGCGAGGCCAUUUCAGGCCGGGGCUGUUCCCUGAGAAGAAGCAAAGGCAGCUUUGAUGAAUGGGCUGGGCUGCCCCAUCCCGAUGAUACGGAAACGGUGAUUAGGAUUUCGGUCCGCGAUGGGCAUCUUUGGUUUGCGACGGCAUUUUGGGGCCAGAAAGCUGCUUAUUGAGGUUUUGUGGCCUAUUUUGUUCGCUUUGUGUUCGGUUUUCGGGGGGGGGGGGUUCUAGCGUGGACGAUAGCAUGCAGUGUGUGUGU